AAUGAGUGCUAAAGAUCUAAAUAAUGUGAAAAAGAAGUAUACAAGAGUGCCUCCCGAUGGUGGAUGGGGUGUUUUAAUUGUUGUGGCUGUGGCUAUAAAUAUUUCAACAUCGACAGCAUUUACAUCAAGCUAUGAACUUUUGCUAAAAGAAUUGCUCAAAGAAAUCGGGUCGACUUCCACAAACAUCUCACUGAUGCGAGGUCUAAGUGCAAUUUGCACGGCAACUGCAGGCUUCCUAACAAGACCAUUGCUGCACAUCAUAAGUUUCCGAAUGCUGGCGCUGGCUGCGGUGAUACUGUUCAACAUUGGCGUCAUUUGUAUCAUGUUUGUUAAGUCCUCGUUCACUUUCCACAUAUGCCAUAGCAUAAUACAGGGGCUCGGUUUUGGUCUAAUUUACAAUUUAUCAUGCACUAUACUGGUUGAUUACUUCUUGAAGAAGCGACUAAUGGCUAUUGGUUUGGUUUAUAGUGUAGUUGCGGCAAUUACAAUGAUAGCACCUCUAUUUGUAAGAUGGUCAUUAGAAAAAUAUGGCUUCCGUGAUACUAUCCUACUGAUGUCUGCGUUAACUAUGCACAAUUUCAUAGCAGUUGCUCUGAUGCAACCAGUAAAAUGGCAUAUGAAGAGGAUUGAAGUUUCUGAUAAAACUAAUGAAAAGUUAUUGCAAGACAAAAAACAAAAAGAAGACUUCUGCACCGUGCCAAUUAUCAAAGUGACCAACACAGAUGGCAAUCUGUCCAACCGUAAUAAUGAAAAAUUUUAUAAAACUGGAGAAGAAAAUGGCGGCAUCAAUUUCAGAAAAAUCAAGGACCUGUUAAUAGACAAAUCACUGUGUGAGAAGUUCCUUAAGUCGUGCGUAUGUGCUGGGCCAGCGCUGGCCUUAUUUGCUGAUACAACAUACGCAUUCAUUUUACCACAUGCCCUACUAAUCGCUGGGUGGUUGCAUGAAGACGUUACACUGACUCAACAUCUAUACGGAUUCGGAGACUUGGCGACACGAGUCCUGUUCACUCUGUUAAGUAAUUGGGUGCAGAAGUUGGGCAGCCAGGAACUAUACGUCCUCGGAGUUACUCUAGGUUUAGUCUCUCGACUUGGUACACUAUGGUCCAAGAGCUUCAUAGCGAAGAUGGUCUACAUUCCCCUGGUGGGUGCCUCCCACUGUGCUGUGACCAUCCUCAUACCAUUGCUGGUGGCAGAUGCUGUGAGGCCUGACAGGUUCACAUCAGCUCUGGGUAUGCUGAUGAUGGUGACAGGCCUGGUCAGCGUGGUAUUGGGACCUGCUAUCAGUGCAGUCCGAGAGCUAUCAGAUAGUUACGGUCCAGUUUUCUACCUCAUUGCGUCCUGUUUAGCCAUUAUAGUCCUGUUCUGGUCAAUAGAACUCUGCUACAAGAGGAACAAACACAAGAGAUUACAACGACGAGAAUAUCUACGACAAAAGAAAUUAAAUAAAUAA